GGUGCCUGGGAAUGCUGGACGGAGCUCGGGCUCGCGGGUUUUACUGCCUUCAGCGUUUGUGCCGACACUGCUCUCCUUCUCUUCCAGUCUGUAAUGGCCAUCUCAGAGGUGACUUUUUUGCAAGGGCCUGACUUUUUUCAACCAGUUUGUGUUGCCUGUCAAGAAUUUCCAUGUUGACUCUGGGAAACCUGCUGCAGUCUCUCCCCUGUUUGCUAUUCAGUCCUGUUUACUUCUCCCUUUAGCAGGUUGAAGUUCAUGAGUUCGCCCAGCCUCAGUGACCUGGGCAAGAGAGAGCAGGCAGCUUUGGACGAGCGGGGGACGCAGCAGCGCCGGGCCUGCUCCAACGCCGCCUGGAACAGCAUCCACAAUGGAGUGAUAGCAGUGUUCCAGCGCAAGGGUCUGCCAGACCAUGAGCUCUACAACCUCAAUGAAGGAGUCAGGCAAUUACUGAAAACAGAGCUGGGAUCAUUUUUCACUGAGUAUCUACAGAAUCAGCUGCUCACAAAAGGCAUGGUGAUCCUAAGGGACAAGAUCUGGUUUUAUGAAGGGCAGAAGCUACUGGAUACCUUAGCUGAAACCUGGGAUUUUUUCUUCAGUGAUGUCCUGCCCAUGCUGCAGGCUAUUUUCUAUCCUGUGCAGGGAAAGGAGCCCUCUGUUCGGCAGUUGGCUCUUCUGCACUUUAGGAAUAUAAUCACCCUCAAUAUCAAAUUGGAGGAUGCAUUAUCCCGUUCCAGAGCCAGAGUUCCACCCUCUAUUAUUCAGAUGCUGCUCAUACUUCAGGGGGUCCAUGAGUCCAAAGGUGUGUCUGAAGAUUAUUUGAAGCUGGAAUCCCUGCUCCAGAAGGUUGUUUCUCCUUACCUGGGCACAUACGGGCUGUACUCCAGUGAGGGACCCUUCACGCACUCUGCCUGUAUCCUGGAGAAGCGGUUCUUCAGGCGCUCCAGGUCGGGGGAGAUCCUGGCCAAGAACCCUGUGGUGCGCUCCAAGAGCUACAACAACCCGCUGCUGACGCCCGUGGCCGAGUACGACAGCGAGAGCGCGGCCGCCAACGGGGCGGGCAUCCGCAGGCACUCGGUGUCGGAAAUGACCUCCUGCCUGCAGCUCCAGGGCUACCCCGGCCUCGCCCCCAUCACGGACAGCGGCUCCAGGGGCUCCGUGAAAGGCUCGCUGCCCGGAGAGCCGGAGAGGCCCGGCGCCGCGCCGGGGCAGUGCUCCAGCAAACUGGGCACGGCCGAGCCCCAGAAGGGGCUCUUCCGCUCCACUGGCGACCCACACAGCUCCUUGGAGCUGGACACAGACACUGCCUUACUGCCAGCUCCCUCCUCCAGCCCUGAGAACAUGGUGGAUCAGAUCUUGGAGUCCAUCGACUCUGACUCUGAAGGCAUCUUCAUUGAUUUUGGCCGAGGCUGUUCCAGUUCAUCGGCGUACAGUGUGGAUGUGAACAGGCAGAGCAUUGUGUGAAGGAUGUUAGGAGACAAACUCUGGAGUUCAAUGAUAUAUGACAGUUACCAAGACAGUGUGUUGGACUGUGGUCAAUACAGCUCCACAAACUGUGGGGUCUAAUGAUACAUGAAAGUUACUGAGAGGGUGUAUUGGACUGUGGGCAAUACAGCCCCACAAACUGUGGGGUUUAAUGAUAUAUGACAGUUACUGAGACAGUGUGUUGGACUGUGGGCAAGCUGUCUGUGCCUGGGCAGAUUUCAGGCAGAUUGGCCAGGGCACCAUGGCUGUACUGAACACACACAGUUUGGUUAUAGCAGGUGGGAAUCUGCUGAGGGGGAAGCAACUCCAACUGCCUUUCCCCACGCCUGGCACCCUGCAGAUGGAUUUCCUGUUUCUUUAUAAACCUAGGGGAUCACAAACUCACAAGUGUCUGCUAAAAUGCUGUUAGUGCAGCUGGCAGUGAUUGUUUAGGAAAACAGCUCAGCAAUAGUUGUGCUCACUUCUGAUUUUCUAAAGAGGUUUCCUGCAAAUGGUAGGUUGUUCUCUGAAGUGAAACACCUCAGCCAGAGGAGAAACAGCUCCUUUAAAAACAAACAAACAAAUACAAAAGGCUUUUGGCUUUCAUGCCACAGAAUACAAUAAUGAAGAAGUCUCUUUUAAUCUUUUUCUUGUACAUCCUUGUAUGUACUCCUUUGCCUAAUGGUGACUUGGAGUUCUUGAAGAAAGGCAAAUAAACAGAAAUUUGCUU